AUUGCGCGAAUUGGUAAAUAUAACUCUGCACGACCACGCAACUCGAAACACAAGUACGCAAACACGGUUGCGUGAAGCGUGGCUCGCAAUCGUGAAAUUUACGAGACUUGCUCGACCUGUAGAUUCUUGUUGAGCUUACUGAUUCCUCCUAUACUGUGCUAUGGUCAUAGAAGAGUGCACCACGCACACUGUGUGCGUGUGCACUUGGUUUACUGUGCUUGGUUUUGGCUGAGAUUGUUAAAUUUUAAAUUAUUAUUGGAAUACAUAAAAUCAAGUGCAAUCAAAUGGAAGCAAAACAGGAAAUGAACGAGGAAACUUGUAAAAUAGAAAUAGAGUAUAAUCACUUGGAUGAUGCUGUUUUGGAUGGCUAUAAAAGUGAAAUUCAAGAAGAGUCCAAUGAGGAAAGUACUGGUGAUGCAUCUAAUUCUUUAGAUUUGAAGAAAUGCCCCAUAAAUGCUGAAAUAGAACAACAUGGAAAUAAACUUGACCAAUUUGAAGAAACCCAAAAAACUGAAAAAGGAUAUCUCCAAGAUGAAAUCAAAAUCGAAAUUACGGAGAAGCUCACUGAAGAUUCAUCUUACGAAGGAAAUGAUAUGAGUCAAGACACUGAAGGAACAACAUUAAAUAAAAAUAUGGAAGUUUUGACGGGAAAAAGACGUUAUAAAUGUGAAAUUUGUUUUAAGCCAUUUCGUCAAGCAAGUAAUUUGAAAUCUCAUUUGAGAGUGCACACUGGGGAAAAACCUUACAAGUGUGAGAUUUGUUUUAAGCAAUUUAGUGAAGCAUAUACUUUGAAAAGACAUUUGAAAGUGCACACUGGGGAAAAACCUCACAAGUGUGAGAUUUGUUUUAAGCAAUUUAGUCGAUCGGGGAGGUUAAAAAAUCAUUUGAGAGUGCACACUGGAGAAAAACCUUACAAGUGUGAGAUUUGUUUUAAGCAAUUUAGUGAAGCAUAUAAUUUGAAAAGACAUUUGAAAGUGCACACUGGGGAAAAACCUCACAAGUGUGAGAUUUGUUUUAAGCAAUUUAGCAUGUCAAGUAGUUUAAAAGUACAUUUGAGAGUGCACACUGGGGAAAAACUUCACAAGUGUGAUAUUUGUUUUAAGCAGUUUGUUACAGCAGGUGAUUUGACAAAACAUAUUAAAGUGCAUACUGGGGAAAAACCUCACAAGUGUGAAAUAUGUGAUAAGCAGUUUAGAGAAGCACAUAUUUUAAGAAAACAUUUGAGAGUGCAUACUGGAGAAAAACCUCACAAGUGUGAGAUUUGUUUUAAGCCAUUUAGUGAUGCAUAUAAUUUGAAAUCACAUUUGAAAGUGCACACUGGGGAAAAACCUUACAAGUGUGAGAUUUGUUUUAAGCAAUUUAGCAUGUCAAAUAGUUUAAAAGUACAUUUGAGAGUGCACACUGGGGAAAAACCUUACAAGUGUGAAAUUUGUUUAGAUCGGUUUGCUCAUAAAUUUCAAUUAACUUUUCACAUGACAGUUCACACUGAAGGACCUCAUAAGUGUGAAAUAUGUUUUAAGCAAUUUGGUAGAGCAGAUAUUUUAGAAAGACAUUUGAUAGGGCACACUGGGGAAAAACCUUACAAGUGUGAGAUUUGUUUUAAGCAAUUUAGUCAUAAAAAUUCCUUGAAAACACAUUCGCAAGAGCAUACUGGGGAAAAAGCUCACAAGUGUGAAAUAUGUUUUACGCAGUUUAGACGCAAAGGUAGUUUAAAAAAACAUUUGAGAGUGCACACUGGUGAAAAACCUUACCAGUGUGAGAUUUGUUUAAAUCGGUUUGCUCGAAAAGAAUAUUUAACUUGUCACAUGACAGUUCACACCGGAAAAAAACCUUACAAGUGUGAGAUUUGUUUUAAACAGUUUAGUGAUACAAGUAAUUUGAAAAAGCAUUCGAGAGUGCACACCGGGGAAAAACCUUACAAGUGUGAGAUUUGUUUUAAGCAAUUUAGCAUGUCAAGUAGUUUAAAAGUACAUUUGAGAGUGCACACUGGGGAAAAACUUCACAAGUGUGAUAUUUGUUUUAAGCAGUUUGUUACAGCAGGUGAUUUGACAAAACAUAUUAAAGUGCAUACUGGGGAAAAACCUCACAAGUGUGAAAUAUGUGAUAAGCAGUUUAGAGAAGCACAUAUUUUAAGAAAACAUUUGAGAGUGCAUACUGGAGAAAAACCUCACAAGUGUGAGAUUUGUUUUAAGCCAUUUAGUGAUGCAUAUAAUUUGAAAUCACAUUUGAAAGUGCACACUGGGGAAAAACCUUACAAGUGUGAGAUUUGUUUUAAGCAAUUUAGCAUGUCAAAUAGUUUAAAAGUACAUUUGAGAGUGCACACUGGGGAAAAACCUUACAAGUGUGAAAUUUGUUUAGAUCGGUUUGCUCAUAAAUUUCAAUUAACUUUUCACAUGACAGUUCACACUGAAGGACCUCAUAAGUGUGAAAUAUGUUUUAAGCAAUUUGGUAGAGCAGAUAUUUUAGAAAGACAUUUGAUAGGGCACACUGGGGAAAAACCUUACAAGUGUGAGAUUUGUUUUAAGCAAUUUAGUCAUAAAAAUUCCUUGAAAACACAUUCGCAAGAGCAUACUGGGGAAAAAGCUCACAAGUGUGAAAUAUGUUUUACGCAGUUUAGACGCAAAGGUAGUUUAAAAAAACAUUUGAGAGUGCACACUGGUGAAAAACCUUACCAGUGUGAGAUUUGUUUAAAUCGGUUUGCUCGAAAAGAAUAUUUAACUUGUCACAUGACAGUUCACACCGGAAAAAAACCUUACAAGUGUGAGAUUUGUUUUAAACAGUUUAGUGAUACAAGUAAUUUGAAAAAGCAUUCGAGAGUGCACACCGGGGAAAAACCUUACAAGUGUGAGAUUUGUUUUAAGCAAUUUAGCAUGUCAAGUAGUUUGAAAGUACAUUUGAGAGUGCACACUGGGGAAAAACCUCACAAGUGUGAGAUUUGUUUUAAGCAGUUUAUUACAGCAGGUAAUUUGCAAACACAUUUAAGACUGCACACUGGAGAAGUACCUCAUAAGUGUGAAAUUUGUUUUAAGCUAUUUAGUGAAGCAUAUAAUUUGAAAACACAUUUGAAAGUGCACACUGGGGAAAAACCUUACAAGUGUGAGAUUUGUUUUAAGCAAUUUAAUCAAGCAGGUAAUUUGAAAACACAUUUAAGACUGCACAUUGGGGAAAAACCUCACAAGUGAGAUUUGUUUUAAGCAGUUUAGUCAAGCAGGUAAUUUGAAAACACAUUUGAGAGUGCACACUGGAGAAGAACCUCAUAAGUGUGAAAUUUGUUUUAAGCAAUUUGGUAGAGCAGAUAGUUUGGAAAGACAUUUGAUAGUGCACACUGGGGAAAAACCUCACAAGUGUGAAAUUUGUGAUAAGCAAUUUAGCGAAGUAAGUACUUUAAAACAACAUUUAAGAGUGCACACUGGAGAAAAAACUCACAAGUGUAAAAUUUGUUUUAAGCAAUUUAGUAUAGCAAAUAAUUUGAAAAUACAUUUGAGAGUGCAUACUAGGGAAAAACCUUACAAGUGUGAGAUUUGUUUUAAGCAGUUUAUUACAUCAGGUAAUUUAAAAACACAUAUAAGACGCCACACUGGGGAAAAACCGCACAAGUGUAAAAUUUGUUUUAAGCAGUUUUCUCAGAAAAUUAAUUUGAAAACACAUUUGAGAUUACACACAUGAAAAAUUUCUUUAACUCAUUUGAUGCAGUCUGUGAUUUGAAACAAAAUAAAAAAAAGUCAAAAAUUGGACUGUAAAGGAAACAGAUUUUAACCCUUUCGCUGCGUAAGGCGCACAUGCGCGCUGAUUUCCGUAUGCAUUUAAAGAUGAUAGUUUCAGGAGAUCAAGAAAACUUUGUACGCAUUUUCUUAAAUGUAACUUCUCCUCAUAGAUGAAACUCAUAAAAUUUUGUGUAAUAUGUUUCUUUAAAAUAUUUUUAUUUAUACAAUAAAUAAUUUUCUCGUUUCGCCGCUUCGCAAGAACGUAGGCUUAAGUCAAAAAAGACGAUUUUAGAGGAGAAGCAUUUUAAAAUUUUAUAGAUAUGAUCAUGGGCAUAACUCGGAAUAAGUUGUUACUUACUUAUACAAUUUUGUUAGAAAUACAUCUAAAUACAAACUGUGAUAACUAGAUAAAUUUAUAAGGUGUUAAAAUGGUUAAAUAUUAUCAUUUUGUUACCCCUAUUAGAGUUGAGCCUUUUUUCCUGAGAAACAUUUACUUCAACUUUGUUAAAACGCUGACCUAACUACAAAAGGGUCCUUAUUUUAGAGAGAAUUUUCACAAAAACUAAUCGCAAGUAUAACAAUCAUUCUUGACGAGAAAUAAACACAAAUUGCUCGAUAUUCUUCGGCGUAACUAACUUGGGUCUGUAUUCAUACGAAAAUGUUAAGUAUUUAACUACUUUUGCGCCAAACAAAUAUAGACACUUGGUGCCAUCAUUAACAUCAUAGGUCUUUAUUCAUGCGAUAGAUAUUUUUAUUUUUAGUAGAUCUGCAUUAAUAAGUCAAUUUCGUCAAAUUUUGACUUAAGCCUACGUUCUUGCGAAGCGGCGAUUUGUUAUCAAUGCAUUAUAAUGGUGUAAAUAAAUAAUUAUUUAUUGGUGUAAGGUUUAUGUCUGUUUACUAUUAAUAAUAUUGGCUAUGAGCAGAUGUUAGUUGUGUAGUAAUUUCUAGUAACGUCUAGCAACCUAACUUCCUAAAAAAAUUACCAACAUCACUAAUUGUGUCUCAGAUUGUCUAAAAUUGUAACAUUUGGGCGGCUGAAAGGCAAAGUGGUCUAAGUCACUUUUUUUGUCAUUUUGAGUUAUGGUCAUAUUUGGAUUGCCAGCAGCUGAUUUCAUUUUAUGGCAAAGAGACCCAAGUCGUAGUUCGCCUAAAAAUCCGCUAGAGCGCAGAAGCUUACUGUGCCUGACUGAUGUCAGCUGUAUAUUCGGCCGGCAGAGUGGUCUAAGUCAGACUUAGACCAGUUUGCCUGAAAUCGAUUUGUUCAUUCACUUGUCAUACCAGCUGAGGCUUGAAACAUCGAUGUAAUUGAUUUGAAAUACAUGGUAAGUGGCCAUUCAUUUUUACCAAAUGACACGGACUUUGCUUCAAUCGAGUCCUAUGCGCAGAAAAAGCUACAGGUAAUUUAUUCCCCAAAUGAGUGGAAUGAGGCCAUCCUGAAAUGCCGAAGUAAGAAUCCGUUUCACUUAACAAAAAUGGACAGAGAGGACUUCUAUUCCACCACGGAGUUAGUUGAUGCUGUAACUAAACGGUCAGUGAACGUUGAUAAAGGAAACUUCAACUGGCUGAAAACCCAGUGGAUCAGAUUUAUCAGAGAAGAUCCUUUUGUCCUUUUCUACAAGGAAACUCUACAGAAAGAUGUACAGUUUGAAUCAGUCUCUCUCGCUUGGUCGAAACAAAAGACAAAGAAAAAUCGAAACAAUGACCAAAUACCUGUUGGGUUGAUUGAACAAAGUCACUUGUACAAUGCUCCCCGUCCUGUGACUAAAGAGAAGAAAAGGGAUAUGUUAGACCUUUUGGACUAUAUUCCACCCGUUCUUCAUGAGUUCUACCGUAACUUGAUCACAGGUGAUGAUGUUGAGGACAUUGGACUUCUGGAAGAGGUGGCUGAACCAGAGCAAGACGAAAACAUUGAUUAAAAAAAACAUUUAUCUGAUGUAGGCCUAUCAUGUCUUUUUAUACAAGUUGAACUGUAAUAAAGUAAGCUACUUUUUAUUAUUA